UCCCCUUGCGAUUAUAAUUUCCAUGACUUGUGUCACAGUCUUGUACGUGCUUGCCAACAUUGCUUACUUCACCGUGCUCAACAGUGAUGAAGUAUUAGUUUCCAACGCAGUUGCUUUAGAUCUUGGUCAACGUGUGAUUGGAGACUGGUCUUUGAUUCUAAAUGCAAUUGUAGCCAUCUCGAUAGCAGGAGCACUAAAUGGAUCAACAAUCACUUUUACAAGAGAGUUUUUGGUGGCAUCACGAGAGGGACACAUCCCCGAGAUUGUUUCAAUGGUUCACAUUGAUCGGAAAACUCCCGUUCCGGCCAUCAUCGCUCUGAUUCCAAUGAGUUUAAUAAUGAUGAUCAGCGGCGAUGUCAGUAAUCUUGUUAACUUUGUUGGUUUUACCGCCUGGCUAUUCAUUGCUUUAACCUGUGCAAUUAUCCCGUAUUACCGGUGGAAAUAUCCAGAACUUGAGCGUCCGUUUAAGGUUCCUCUGGUGAUACCAAUCAUCUUCGUAUGCUGUGCAUUGUUCCUGGUUGGUAUGUCAAUCUACAGCAGUCCUGUAGAUUGUGGAAUAGGUUUAGCCAUUACUCUUCUCGGGAUACCAGUCUACUAUGUGGGCGUGGCUUGGAAAAAUAAACCUAAAUGGUUCAUCAAUGGAAUGGAUAAAUUGACAGUAUUCUUGCAGCAGGUCUUACUCGUUGUUCCACAGCAAUCCGAGCAAGUUGAAUGAUAUAUCAUAAAUCAAGGAUAAAAAAGUCGAUGUUAUUGCCGAAAUGAGUACGAAGGUGAAUGAAUCCGUGUACCAAAACGCUGCUGAACACAAUUGUUCAAGACGGCGUUCUCACUGGCGAUGACGAAAAUCCAUUUCUCGUAAAAAAAAGGUUCAUAGCAUAGGCAUUUUCUCCCAAGGUUAAUGACAGAAUGUGGUUUGAGAUUAUUAAAUGUGAUUUUUUCAUAACCUUCAAUCCGCUAAGAAGUCUACUUUGUCUACGACAUGAACAGAACAUCACUCCGAAAUCCCUUUACGGCCCUCAGCCGAAACGAAUAAAAUCAGGUUUUCAGUGGGUUUUCUUUUUAACAUAAGCCUAUGAAAAUACUCAGAAAGUUAACAAGUGCACAUAGAGUUACAAAGAAUGCUUCCCGGGAAAUACUUGUAUCAUUUUCAUUGGACAAAAGAGCACUAUUGAUUAAAUGCAUUCCAUGCUCUG